UGAAUUCUUGCGGGUAACUGAAUGCCGAAUGAUGGUAUCCUGGCAGCGGUUGUGACGUCGAAUCUCCUCGACGCACUUUAUUCCAUGUAAAUAUUAGAAGUCGAAUAUAAUCCAUUCUCGCACCUUCUGUAUCAUCGAAUAAAUUUACGACACAUAUCGCUAGCACAGAUUUUACCAGAUCGACUCUAAUUACACACAUCAACUACAGUCCUUCCCGUCAUCCCACCAUCCAUCAAUCAUGUCCGACAAAACUUUUGGCGUCACCAGCGAGGACGUCCGCACACUUGAAGCACAAGAAUCAAAAUAUCAUGAUGGGAAGACCCCAAAAGAUUCUGAUGUAUCCGCACUGAAGCAACUCCUCUCCGAACAAGAAUCCAAACAAGAACAGAUUGACAGAGUCAAGGCCAACCUGCCCCUGCCAGAACAGCCCGUGGGCGGUGCAAGCGCCGAUUUGCAAUCUGCUGAUCAGCGUACUGUCAAUGUCGGUAGUGGGGGAGUCAAUGUCAAGCUGGGUACCCAUAGUAGUGAGGGUCUGAGAGGGCCUGCCACUGCUGAAAGCUCCGUCAGAGUUGACGGAGACGAGUUCAAGAAGCCAACUGCACCAUAAUCACCUGGCCUGCAUUCAAGUCAAUUCUAACACAUAUUUUCAUGUCCUCAUCCUGAUGGCCACCCCUCGAUAUCAUCUUGCGUGGGUAUGUAGCCUCAAUCAUAUUUGAUGAACCCUCG